GAAAGGAAACUUCCAUUUUCAGACCUCAGUCCGAGCUAGUAACAGUGAUCGCACCGUAUCGCCCUCGUCUUCCUCUUCGCGUUCUUCUCUGCGUUCCUCGAGAAAUUCGCAAUCGCAAUCCGCAAAUGGCGAGGAAAUUCUUCGUCGGCGGCAACUGGAAAUGCAAUGGGACGAGCGACGAUGUGAAGAAGAUCGUUAGUAUGUUGAACGAAGCCGAAGUUCCUCCCGAAGAUGUCGUGGAGGUGGUGGUGAGCCCUCCAUAUGUAUUUCUUCCUCUGGUCAAAAGUCUACUGAGAUCUGAUUUUGGGGUUGCGGCACAAAACUGUUGGGUCCGAAAAGGCGGGGCCUUCACCGGAGAGAUCAGUGCUGGAAUGCUUGUCAACUUGAACAUCCCUUGGGUCAUCCUCGGUCAUUCUGAAAGGAGACUUCUUUUGAACGAGUCGAAUGAGUUUGUUGGUGACAAAGUCGCUUAUGCGCUAUCUCAAGGCUUGAAAGUGAUUGCCUGUGUUGGGGAGACUCUCGAGCAGCGGGAAUCAGGGUCUACAAUGGCUGUUGUUGCUGCACAGACAAAAUCAAUUGCAGAGAGAGUUUCAAACUGGGAUGACAUUGUUUUAGCCUAUGAACCUGUUUGGGCCAUUGGGACUGGAAAGGUUGCAACUCCGGCUCAGGCUCAGGAGGUCCAUACAGAAUUGAGAAAAUGGCUACAUGACAAUACUGGUCCCGAAGUUGCUGCAUCUGUCAGAAUUAUAUAUGGAGGUUCUGUUAAUGGAAAUAAUUGCAAAGAAUUGGCGGCCCAGCCAGAUGUGGAUGGAUUUUUGGUAGGCGGUGCUUCCUUGAAGCCGGAGUUCAUCGACAUCAUCGAGGCUUCUACAGUGAAGAACAACUACUAGAGAUCGAAUCAGUAGCCCGUUCAGCCUAACCAUUCGACGCAUGCUUUCAGGAGAUCAUCCUUGUUGCAUUUUUCCCCCUGUAUCAGGAACCCGCAUGGGGCUGCAUAGUUUCUGUAACUCGAUACUCUACUUUCCCGUGUUUUUUGACUGUCAGGAUGACUAAACUUUCGGACCAAAUAAGGGACUACAUGAGAUGACUGAAUUGGUAUUGGCUACCGAUUCUC